UGUCAGGUAAACGUCACAGCUUGUAGAGAAAGCCUCUGCGAGCGCGCGCCACACUUCCUCAAUCGACGGAAUCACAGAGCGAAAAAACGAGAGGAAGAGAAAGAUCAACUUUCGUCGUGGUGAGAAAAGACAGCGCCGAGUGUGCAGGGCGAGGUGACCUUGGUACUUGUCACCAUGGCUCCUUUCUUGAGGAUCGCCUUCAAUUCGUACGACUUGGGCGUCCUGCCUCCUCUGGCCGACCCACCCUUCUGUGCAAUCAAGAUGAAAGAAGCUUUGACAACUGAACGGGGUAAGACCCUGGUUCAGCGGAAACCCACCAUGUUCCCAGCUUGGAAGGCAAGUUUUGAUGCGCACAUCUAUGAGGGUCGUGUGCUCGAGGUACUACUGAUGAAAACAGCGGAGGAGCCCCUGGCUGAGGUUACUGUUGGCGUAUCUGUCCUUGCUGAGCGCUGCAAGAAAGCCAACGGGCAUGCUGAAUUCUGGGUGGAUCUCCAUCCCUCUGGGAAGGUGAUGAUGGCAGUGCAGUAUUUUCUGGAGGGAGGGGACACAGAGAGUAAGCAGGCCUCAAAAGAGGAAGAGGCUCCCACCCUGAACAGGAGACGAGGGGCCAUCAAGCAGGCAAAGAUCCACUUCAUAAAGAACCACGAGUUCAUCGCCACGUUCUUCAGACAGCCCACUUUCUGCUCUGUGUGCAGGGAAUUUGUGUGGGGACUCAACAAGCAAGGCUAUAAAUGCAGACAAUGCAAUGCAGCCAUCCACAAGAAAUGCAUAGACAAAAUCAUCGGCAGAUGUACCGGUACUGCUGCCAACAGUCGGGAUACUGUGUUCCAGAAGGAGCGCUUUAAAAUUGAUAUGCCACACCGUUUUAAGACCAACAACUACAUGAGUCCCACCUUCUGCGACCACUGUGGAAGUCUGCUGUGGGGUCUAGUCAAGCAAGGCCUCAAGUGUGAAGAUUGUGCCAUGAAUGUCCAUCACAAGUGUCAAGAUAAAGUAGCCAACCUUUGUGGUAUCAACCAGAAACUACUAGCUGAAGCACUUACACAAGUCAGCCAGAAAUCAUCCACCCGCCGUUCUGAUCCAAACCUGCCUAAUCUGACUGAUAUUGGAAUCUACGAUGAAGUUAACAAACUUGCUGCACUGGAAAUCAAUGACGGAGCUCCAUAUGGCAGACUGUGGGAGGGGUCUACCCCACGGCCUCAGUCUCGUAUUACUCAUCUGACCCGCAUCAACGUGGACAACUUCAUUUUCCACAAGGUCUUGGGAAAAGGCAGCUUUGGCAAGGUUCUCCUGGCAGAACUGAAGGGGCGUGGAGAGUACUUUGCAGUGAAGGCUCUGAAGAAAGAUGUGGUUCUGAUGGAUGACGAUGUGGAAUGCACUAUGGUGGAAAAGAGAGUCUUGGCUUUAGCCUGGGAAAACCCUUUCCUCACACACCUGUACUCCACCUUCCAGACGAAGGAGCAUCUGUUCUUUGUGAUGGAGUAUCUGAACGGAGGAGACUUGAUGUUUCAUAUUCAGGAGAAAGGGCGCUUUGAACUCUUCAGGGCCACGUUCUACUCUGCUGAGAUCAUUUGUGGUCUUCAGUUCUUACAUUCCAAAGGGAUCAUCUACAGAGAUCUUAAGUUAGACAAUGUGAUGCUGGAUCAUGAGGGACACAUAAAGAUUGCCGACUUCGGCAUGUGCAAGGAGAACGUGUUCGGCGAGAAUCGCGCUACCACUUUCUGUGGUACUCCUGACUAUAUUGCUCCAGAGAUCCUGCUGGGGCAAAAAUAUUCCUUCUCUGUGGACUGGUGGUCAUUUGGGGUGUUACUGUAUGAAAUGCUGAUUGGUCAGUCACCUUUCCACGGAGACGAUGAGGAUGAGUUAUUUGAAUCCAUCCGCAUGGAUACUCCCCACUAUCCUCGCUGGAUCAACAAGGAAGCCAAGGAUCUGCUGGAGCGGCUGUUCGAGAGAGAUCCCACUCGCAGGCUGGGAAUUGUGGGUAAUGUUCGUUUACACCCCUUCUUCAAGACCAUUAUCUGGCAGGCCUUGGAGAGGAGAGAGAUUGAGCCCCCCUUCAAACCCAAAGUGAAAGCACCGAAUGAUUGCAGCAACUUUGAUCGGGAGUUCCUCAGCGAGAAACCUCGUCUCUCCUACAGUGAUAAGAACUUCAUAGAUUCCAUGGAUCAGACAGCGUUUUCUGGCUUUUCAUUCAUCAACCCGAAGAUGGAGCACCUUUUAGAAAAGUGACUGCCGUAACGACAGUCAGACCUGGCUUACAUCCGUACUGUUUCCGGACAAUUUCCUUAUUCUGUCACAUUGUUAAGCUUGCAAAUGAGUGAGCUGGUCUACAAUCAGUAUUUUUGUGACCUUAUUUUAAGCACAAACUAUUCUCCUUGGGUACAUGUAGAAAUGAUACGAGUAGCAAUGGGCCCUUGUACUGUAAAUAUCGAUGUUACUGUGUUUGUGUGCAUGCUUUUUGUUUGUCUAGGUUGUGAAGGCCUAUAUGAGUAAUAAUAUUAGGGCAGGAUGUUGAAAAUCCUUGCAUUUCACUUGAUGUCAGUGCUACCAUCUGCAGCCAUUUUGUGCCCCUUUUCGUAACAUUCAGUUCAAUCCAAUUGAAGAUGAAAAAUUAGGAGGAGGAAAAGAAACCUAUAAGAAUGAAUUAUACACUUUAUUUCAAUGUUGAUGUGUGACUGAAAUAUCUGCAUGUAUAGAGAUCAGACCAAAAGAAACCUGUCCAUCUUUUACCAUAAAUUAAUAAUGAGUGUUAUCUGUCUUUGGAACAUCUGAAUUCUUGGCCUUUGACUGAUGAAUCAUGUAUCGAUGGCAAAGAAGAACAUGUGUGACUGACUUAACAGUGCCACAUAAUGAACAAAUUUAAGCAGAGUUAGAGCUGAUCUUAGCUGUACUGGAAUGUCUUGUCUGUGGACUGAUGCGGAUUGGAUGCACUCAGGGUUGCAAAAGGUUCAGUUAAGGUACAUGACUGAGAGGGUGGAAAGUUACUGAAAUGCUGUAUAUAAACAAUGUGUAUGUAUAUUGUUGUAACAUGUAUAUUGGUUCGCUAAGGAUGUACUUUUUUUUUUUUACUGUCUCCAUCUUUUACAUCUGAUUAAAAACAUCAACUCCCA